AUGGGGAUUUUUAUAUAUCUAGUAAUCAUCUUAUUAUUUGACAAAGUUGUUGCACAGAGUUGCCCGGAGGAAACUUUGAAUAGAGGAAUAGCUGUAAAAUGGAAACCAAGUCCUCCUGCGAACAAUGUCGUAUCGGAUCCCCUAUGUUACCACAACAAGAAAUUAAUAACAAGAAACUGCACAGGAUCGAAAUGGAUACCGCCCCUUAAUGAAACAAGAUCAUGCUUAAAAGUCGUGAAAAAUUUUGACAAAUUUUCAUGUGCCCCUGGAUUUCACAGAAUAUCAGAAAAGAACUGUGACUACUGUUACCAGAUUAACCCACCAUCGGCUUGGAACUUCCCAUGUGUCAUAAGCGGCGGCGCUUCAAUAAUCACGAAUUUACCAGAGACAGAUAUAGAUGCUUUAAUGAAAACGCUAAUCGCCAGUAACACUUCGAGAUACUUUUGGUUGCCUGGUCGGAGACAGAAACCCUAUAAUCCUGUUGUAUGGUAUAUUCCUGGGCCCAAUUGGGGACGAUACGUUUUGGCAAAUAAUUAUUUAAAGAUGCAAACACUUUUCUUGCAAAACUGCUUAUUGCUGGAUGUAGAACAGAGACUUCUUCUUACUGAAUCAUGCAAUAAUAUUUAUCCCUCAUUAUGUUUAUACAUUAAUGAUAUGCAUCAGCCAUCAAAAUGCCCUAAGGGCUAUUAUUCUUUUAGAUUUAAGUCGAAUCACGGUACGUGUUUUGGAAUUGAAACGUCCGAUUCUGUCGAGGGUUCAUCGUUUGACGAAUUUAUAGAAAAAAAGUGUCGUAAGCCUAUGAGUGAUGAUUCAUACGAUGCACUCAGUAGAUUUAUAUUUAAAAAAAUUGCUGAAAAAUAUGAAUUACCAGAUGACCAAUGGUGUUGGUUUAAGUUGUCUAAAAGUAAUAGCAUGGAAUAUGAUUUUGAAAAUAUUACAUCUGUUGCAAACAAAUUAUUAACGCAUGUCGAAGGGGCAAUUAAUAAUGCCGGUACUUUGGGAUUGCUAAGUAAAAUGAGAAACUUAUCUUGCAUGGCAUGUGAAACUGAUGUCAUAUACGGUGAUACGCAAUUGGUAUUUGAAUAUGACGAAAAAGAAAUAAAAUUUUAUCUUACUGUUUAUUCACCUUCUGGUUUAUGGAAGUACAACGAUAAUGAUAAGGGAGUUCGUUGUUUUUCCAAUGCCAAAGGAUUUGCUAAAAGAGUCGAUGUCAGUGAAGCUCCAAUAUUUGGGCCCAAGGUUCGGAAAGACAAAAAUUCUAGUUUUGGAAACGCCGAAAAAAUUGUAUAUGCCGUUAACCUAGUGACGGAUCAUUCUGCAGAGUAUUGGUGUGAAGGUCAUACCAAAAAUUUAUCUUUACUUUCUACUGGCAGACUCACAGUUAACCCUCGGGGGAAUGAGGUUCAUGUAUUUUCCCUAGUUAUAAAAUAUGAAAUCGGAAGCGAGUUUGACGAUGCAUAUGUACCCAAUAUGACUUAUUUAUUAGCCACAUUAACGGAAAUUUUACACGCACAAAGAGUUUUGUUUAUGGAUAUAUUAGUUUUUACGAUGAAUGACAUGUUAGUGGUCCUGCAUGUUCAUGUCCCUUUAAAUAAUCCGACUGAAAAUGAAACGUGUGCUAUUCAGACAACAUUAAAUUUUCUUAAAGAGACACUUGAAUUGGAACUGCCUAAAUAUAAUAGUACAUUUGUAAAUAUAUCCAGUUCUCUGUAUUGUCUGCCAACUACGUCUAUAGAUUUUAUAAAUCUCAAUUGGGAUUUAACUCCUAUAGGACAGGUAGCAACGCCGAGACAAUUCUGUUUACAAAGCAAUGGUUUGCCAGUCACAAGACAAUGUCAAGGAUCAUUUCUCCUUGGUAGUUUAUGGGGUGAUGUUGAAGGUACCUGUGAUAUCAAUUUCAGGCCUUCAACAACGACAACAUUUUUAUAUAACAUUGUCUCGGGACAAGCCCCAAAUAAUUAUACCACUAAUUUCCUAACUGAUGGUUUGAGUUUUGUAUUGGAAGACCUUAAUAUUAUUAUUCCUGCAGAUAUUUAUUACCUCUCUAUGUCUUUACAACAGAUUUUGCAUUAUGUCCAAGAAAACGAAACGUCUGUAGAACUGGGAGACAUCGAAAAUAUUGCCUGGGCUAUGGAUAGAAUGUUAGUUUUAGAUAAUAAUGAUUUGCGAUUAGCUCAGACUUUAAAUUCUACUAACAUACUAUUAAAUUCAGUAAAUGAAAUUAUUGAAAUUUUAGCCCAUAAAAACAUUACUAAUAAAGAAGAAUGUCAUGAUAACAUAGUCCCUGAUGAAUCAUACCAACUAAUCGUGAAACCUAAAUUUAUUGUGCAGGUAUCAUUCCCAAAGUUCAAUAAUAUUACAGGUAUUGCUAUUUACAAUAAAGGAUCAAAUGAAACAUUUAACGAUAUGAUAAUUAAACCCUUAUAUCUGAAUACAACUAUAGAAGACGUACUUUUUAUAAAGAAUUUAGAAAUAGCAACAUGGAUACCGAAUGAUGUCUUAGAUAACUUAAAAGUUAGCGAGAACCAAAGUGAUAGCGUUGCGGCUAGGAAUAAUAGUGACGAUUUUCAUAUUAUAAUAAACAUAUUCCACAAUGAUGCAGUUUUUCAAGAAUUGGGUAUAAAUAAACAUGUUGUCAAGGGUCGUGUUAUAGGCGUAACGAUUCCAGGCUAUAUUUCCAACUUUGAAUAUUCUGUACCUCUCCUUUUUAGAGAUUUGAAUUAUAUUAAUAACGAAUCAUUUUGUGGUUAUUGGGAUUUUAAAACACGGUUAUCGAGCCAUAUUCCGGGAACGUGGAAAAAUCAAGGUUGCUACAUAGUAAAAAAUGUUAAUAAUGUUACCAUUUGUGAAUGUUACCACCUUACACAUUUUGGACAUUUACUAAUUAUACCUGGACUCAAUAAUAACCAUCGCUAUGACAACGGCACAAAUCAUAAUAGAGCUUUAAAUAUAAUUACUUUAGUUGGUAGUUUCUUAUCUUUAGUGGGUAUAGCUGGCAUAUGGAUAACAGCAUUAAUGUUCUCAAACUGGAGAAAGAAAGCAAGUACGAAAGUACUUCUACAAUUAUCUACAGCUAUAGCUCUACCUUUACUUUUUAUAAUAACAUUCAGUCUAGAUUAUUCUAUAUUCAUUAAUAAAAAAGGAAUGUAUGUCGUCGCCAAUAACAAGAGGCAUAUUUGUGUUAUUUUGGGAGCAUUGUUACAUUAUUCUAUACUCUCCAGCUUUAUGUGGAUGUUAAUAACGGCUAUACUUCAAUUUGUAAGAUACGUCAGGGUAUUAGGAGUGCGGAGGCCUUCGAAAUAUAUGAUAAAGUUUGCAUUAAUAGGCUGGGGCAUCCCUCUUUUACCAGUUAUUAUAAUUUUGGCGAUUAAUACCGAUAAUUACAUUCCCAGUCCAUCAGUUUCUACUAAAAUAUGUUAUCCUAAUGGAAUUUACGCCAUCCUAGGUAUUUUGGUUCCUGUUAGUAUAAUAUUAUGUGUUAAUGUAACCCUUUUUGUAUUAGUGUUGCAUUCUAUAUCACGUAAACCCGAAGAAAAAAUGCAAAGUACUGACAUGGACCUUAUCGCCGCACAGCUAAGGCUGUCUAUAUUUCUGUUUUUCUUGUUGGGACUAACAUGGGUGUUUGGGAUAUUAUCAUUCACGAACAAUUUGUUGUGGUCUUAUUUAUUUUGUUUAUCGUCUACAUUACAGGGUUUUGUACUGUUUGUAUAUUUUAUUAUAUGUGACCCAGCAACAAGAAAUUUGUGGGUGACACUAGUAACGCCGCAAGACCGUUCAAGUUCAUCGAGAAAUAGUAUUACUAGUUAUAGUACAACAUAGAUAUUUUCUUUUAUGUAUAGAUGCAAUUACUAAUAUUAUACUUAUCCAAGAAGAACAAUCAAUUUACGCUUUCGAGCAGCAUUGCUAUUUAAUUUGUAGU